CUGGUGGAGAAAUUAUGCAAAGUGAAAGUAAAAAUGAAAUCUUAUAUGUAUAUGGCACAAGUAAAAUUCAGUUUUUAUUUUAUAUAAAUGGGCGGCAAAAAAAGUAAGCCAAAACCUCGAGAAACUAGUGCGAGACAAUGCCAGAGAUCGCUGCAAGAAGUGGCCCAAGCCGAACGCAAUCACAAAUUAAGACAGUACUUCCAGUUUGAGUUUGGCAAAGAUAGCAAAUUUCGGUUUCUAUUGGAAGUAACCGAUCCAUCGGCGUAUCCAGCAGAAAAACUACACAAAUGGAUUACAGAGCUGUUGGGACCUUUGGGGCGUUCCAUUUUGGGCGUUCAAUAUUUAAUAGACCCCAGGAGUACGCCACUUGCUGUUGUUUAUUGUAAAGAUUUCGAGACAGUACAGUGUGCAUGGUUGCGUUUAAAGAACAAAGAGUUGCCCAGUGGUAUUUAUAUAGGUACAUGUAUGCCUUCACAAAAUGAAACUGAAACAAGAGCUUCAGCUGUUGCAGGCGUUGCAGGAAAAGUCAAUGAGGAGAAUUAUGAUUUGCAUGAGGACAAGGUAUUAUUAUGUACUAGUAUAAAGUUGAAACCUCGACCCCCGGGACAGGGCGGGGGAUUUAACAUUUUGACAGUGUUAAAUAUUGGUAUUUACCCGCUACCCAGGGAAUAUUGACUGUAAAAGGAGGGCCCCCUAUACCUCUUCACACGGCUAAGUAAAAUAAGCCCUUCACGCUUCACGCAAAAGGUAUAGGGGGCCCUCUAAAAGUUCCCACCCCAAUGGCCCUGGUACUUUACAUUUACAAUUUCCCAUGGCUGAAGGAAAUUGUUGUACAGUCAAACAACAGCUGGGCAUUCUGUUGUCGCUGUCUAAAUAUUGCAGGCGCAUUUCUUUAACAAACAUUUUGAUUCUUCGAACGCUGAAAAUAUGCAUUGUGAGAGGAUUUUUGUCCUCUUUCACUGGUUUGUUCAUGGAAAAUAAAUUGUUUCUUGAAAGAUUAAGUUGUAGUGCUUGUACGCAACGAUAUAACGACUUAGGGCCAUUCCAUUUAAAAUCCACACCCCCCCUACGGAUGAGGUCAGUAAAAUUUUAACCCCUAAGAAAAAAAGAUCAAAGUGCCGACACAAAACACCCCUCAGAAAUUUGUGAAUUUUCCCCUUACCCCUCAGAAAAAUCGCAGAGAUCAAAGGAUGCUGACAGGCUUAACCCCUGAGAAACAACUUUUUGAGUCACCCUUCAGAAAAACUCAUCCGUAGGGGGGGGGGGGUGGACAUUAAAUGGAAUGGCCCUUAAUCGCAUGAAAACGUGCGAAGAAUCUUUAUUUACAAAUGGGCGACAAGUGGAAAUAUUUCACUCAUUGUCAGAGUUUCAGAAGCAGGGUACAGCAGUAUGGAAACAAGGAAGUGUUCAUAUUUUACUCUUGAUAGAAGCUGAGUUGUUGUUGUUUCCACAGGUAUGUUCAAUAAUUUGUUUGUCCUUCCUCAUCUGGAAUAAUAAGUGUCUUAAAAUAUUUUGAUGAACAUGACACAUAUUCCUCUUGCAAUUUCGUAAAAACUGGCUGUUGCCUUUAGUUAGAAAAUAUAUUUUAUGAAAGUUAAAUCAUGGGGAAAAUGUGCUAGAUGUUGUAAUUGACAAAUCCACUUGUGAAGUGAAAAUGUCAUGUUGUCACAUGCUUAUGAAAUUGCUCCUGUAUUGGUUUGUUAUAAAGUAAAAAUUGCUGCAAAAAUGCUUUUGAAAAUGUUCAAGUAUUGGUUGUUAUGAGAUAGGAAAUGCCGUAUUGAUUUGUUCAGUUUUAAGAGUCUAACGGCAAUCCUGAAUAUAGGCAUGCUUGCUUUGUGAAAUUCUGUGGUGAUAUGACAUAUAAAUAAAAAUAUCUUAAAAUUUUGCCCAUUGCCUCUCUCCGAAAUAUGGCUUAAAACUAUCCUUAUUAGUCAACCUUCAUGGAAAAGUUAGUGGGUAUGCUGGGAAAAAUGCCCGUGAUACUUUUUUUGGACACUGAAGAUGGUAACAUUUGAUGUUGUCAUAUAUUGCCAUCCUCUUAUCAUAGCACAACUUAACUUAUUUUAGUGAGUUUGUUAAAGAGUUUUGCUCACUAUAUGCCUGUAGUAUCUAAGAUUUUUUCAUAGAAUUAUAUGACAAAUGUAAGUUCUGUUUUCUUUUAGUUUUAGGUGAUAGUAUCUGUUCACUUGAGUGUUGGUAUCAAAUUUUGGACAAGUUUCAAUUAUUAUUUCACAUUCCUUUAUUUAAAUAUCCAAAUAAAUGGAAUAUGACAUCAAGUUGGAGGACUAGAUUCUGUUUCCAAACUUGUUUUUUGUAAAAGAGAAAAUAACAACUUAUUCUGUGUUGUUCUAAUAAAAACUAUUGUUUUUGAUAUGCAUAUUUAAUUUUUAAAAUUACAGUCAUUCUUUGUUAAAAUGUGUACCAAUUCCCUUUAUAACUUAUGUAGCCAAGUGUUCUAUCUAUUUCUGUUCAGAUUAAACAAAUGAUGGGUAAAAUAUUAGUUUUGCAGAUUCUUUAAAAAAAAAUGAGCUUGCCUAUUUUCAAAGCAUAAAAAGCAAUAAAAUAAAGCAAAUUAAAGUACUUAUUUUUAAUUUAAAACCUUUGGAUUGCUUAAUGUUUUCCACUAAAUGUUACAAAGUUUUCGUUCAUUGAAAUGUUGUUUUAUCAGCUUUAAAACCAGAUAAAUCCACGAAGCACUCCUAUAAAUAUAUGUCGCCAUAUUGAUUUUUUCGCGCAUGCUCCGUACAAAAUGCCCAGCUGUUCAGUCAAACCAGAUGUUCUCUUGUGAGCAAUAUUGUCCCCACCAUAUUGCAGUUUUGAUAGGCAGAUUGCGUCCAGUGAACUCUAAGGGAACUGGAACGAUAACUUGGCUGCCAUCUUUGAAGCCACUCAUGAUAUGGCCGCCCAGUGGUGAAGCCAGCGUCGUGUGAGCGGUCAUGCAAACGAGCGCCAAAGGCGUGAGGCAUCCUAGGGGGGUACGGAAGCAACCCGCCCCCCCCGGAAAAUUUUUGAAAUAUAGACUCCCAGAAAUGCCAUUUGCAGCAAUCUGAGCAUCAAAUUUCAGGAAAUAGCUUGACCUAAUGAAGGAAAAGAUGUGGAUAUUUUGGCAUAUUUUAGGGGCGCACCAGAUUUGGAAUUUUCAAAUCCGGCCAGAACCGGAUUUACCGGAUUUGGACAAAAAUUCCGGCCGGAUUUGAGAUAAACCGGUAAUGGGGACAAUUGGGGAUAAAUCAGUAUUCAAAAUGGCGGUUUAUGUUUUUUUCUAUUUUUAGUUAGUGUCAGUUUAGAUUUUUGAUUGUGUUUAAACCUUUUUAAAAUAUAUUUUUGUUAAUAACUUAUAUUUUAUAAUAAUAUAAAUGUUUUUUAAACUUCAGAUUGAUGGUUUAUCCUAUUCUUAUUAUCCUAUUCACACUCACACGCAUAAACACUAUUUUCUCACGCAAAAGCAAAAAAAUAGGAAGCGAUCCAACUUUUGUUUUAACGCUUCUCUUCGCAAGCAAAUAUUCCUGUUUAGCUGAAUCAAUAGCUAUAUUUUUCGAGCAGUUGCUGUGUAACGUAUAGUAUUGCGUAAGUUGCACUAUUGCGCAAAUUAGUAAAUUGACACUUAGUUAAUGAGGGAUUUCCCCAGACAACGCUUUAUGUAAAAUAUAAACUGUAAUCUUAUUAAUUUCGUGUGAUGAAUUAGCAUUAUUCGCGCGUGGGCAUGAUAACGCAUUAAAAGCAGCUACAUCUGCUACUUAUGAAUACAACAAAGCACAUAAGCACAAGCUAAAACUCAUUAAUUACAUUUAAAUUUAGAAUGACUUUUACUUUUUAAACAAUAUUAACGAAAUAAAAAAAUAAAUGAAACUUAUAAUUGCAUGCAGAUGUCCAAAAAGUGUUACUUUUGAGAUUUUUUAAUGCCAUUUUUGUACCUUUAGAAUUCUGUUAAUCUUCUCCCAAAUUGCAGGAAAUGGCAUUUCAGAGACUCCAGAUUUAAAUAUUUUCCGGGGGGGGCAUGCCCCCGAACCCCCUAGGUCAACGCCUGCCGACAGCAGGCGCCAGCCUGCCGUCAGCGGGCUAUAUGAAUCAGAUUACAGGAAAUAAUUAAAUCUCACUCAUUUUCAUGCCACAAAGUUGGAAGGUCUGGUACUAUAUCAGUGGUGGAUUUAGGGGGGUGCACACCCCCCAGGCUGGCUCUGGUCAACAGGGGUGCAUGGGGGGUGCAAAAAUGACGUUUAUCCUAAUUCUAACCAACUUAUAUUAAGGAAUACUGGAAUUCAGUUGCGUAUCACUAGUUGACAAUAGCGGAAUAGCCAAUAUUAAAUAUUCUGAAUUUUUAAAUGAUUUUGGUGUGACCCGACUAAUUCGUCAUCAAAUGCUGACGCCAUGGCCCUAGCCAGUGCGCGUUUGAGAGGCAUUCACCCCCCUGAUAAUAUUCCAAAUGGCGGAGGUCCAGGGGGGAAUGCCUCUCAAACGCGCACUGGCGUCAGCAUUUUGAUGAUGAAUCAUGGCGUGGCAGCGGUUACUCAAGUCAACCUUCUGUGUGCCUUUUUAAAAUUUUUUUUUAUUUACAAUCCUUGUCAAAUAAAUGACAGGUUAUAUACCCACAGAGCAGAACACUCCUUUACGGGUUAACCUUAACUAUUUAUACAGAAUACAUAUAAGUGAUAAUUAUUAACAACACGAUUUGACAGAGAGACUAAUCUAAACAAGGGACGACAUGAAUGACAUUUAACACAGAUUGUUUUGAAAGUUUGUGGCACACCAAUGUCAUAAAUUUCUUCAGUCAUUUUCUGAUAGUGAUUAAAGAGAGUUUUUAUUAUAAUAUUUAAGCAGGGAGCCCAUAUCUCCAAGGAGUUUUUCAAUGGGGCCCUAAACUAGAUUACAUUUACUGUCGUUCCAAUUGAAGUGUUCCUCAAAUAUUGAUUCAAUACAUUACCUCGGGCUGACCAAUUCAUUUCAUGAAGUUCCUCGAGAUAUUCAUAAGUGUCCUGUGAAAGAGCCAAUUCCAAGUAUUUGAUCAUUUCAGGUCACUUCCUUUCUAUUUAUGAUUGGUUAGUUGCACAAACAACAAAGGUGAUUGGUGCAUUCAAACUAUUCAACAGGAAGUUUACAAUUAUACUAGGAAGUGUAUGAAUAUUUCGAGGAACUUGAUGAAAUGAAUUGGUCAGCCCGAGGUAAUGUAUUGAAUCAAUAUUUGAGGAACACUUCAAUUGGAACGACAGUGAAUUUGAUUAAUAGAGAGAUUUGAUUGACGUAAAACUUGAUGGUAAACAGUUAAUUCAGUAUUAAACAGUAAACAGUUAAUUUAAUUUCGCAAACAAACACUUAACUCGAGAUUACUCAAAGUUCUCAGAAUACAACUUUACCAAUGACCUAAUUUCCCCGGCGUACUGGUUUGAAUUAUGUUGUUGAUUUGAGCGAAAAUGAUAUAAACAAAUCGUUUUCAACAUUUUACAAUAAGUUAAAUACAGUUAUCAGAAAGCAUGUACCCCUUAUAUUAGGGAAAUUUCAAAGAGUAAAGCAAAGCAUUUAACAAAACCAUGGAUAACUAAAGGUAUCAGGAAAUCAAUUAAAAUUAAGAAUAGUUUAUUUAAUCGCGGUGACAAAGAUAAAUAUAAAUUCUAUAGAAACAAAAUUUUGACACUCACUCGCCAGAGCAAAAAGGACUAUUAUCAUAGAUAUUUUGAGUACAACUUUGCAAACACCUGGGAAAGUAUAAACGAAUUAAUCGGAAGAAACAGUCAACUAGACCUAUCCCGUCUUUAAAAUGUCCUAUAAGCAACAGAAUGAUAUAUGACGAAAGUAAGUUUCCAAAUAUAUUCAAUAAAUAUUUUUCAUCAGUGGGUCAUAAUUUAGCUAGUAAAAUGCCAAAUUCACAAAUUCCAUUCACAAAUUAUCUUCCAAAGAUAAAUAACCCAGGAUCGUUUCAAUUUAAUCCUAUCAUGCCACACGAGAUCGAAAUAGAAAUUAUGUUAAUUCCAAUGAAAAAGGCACAUGGCCUAUAUUCGUGCCCAACUCGUAUUUUAAAAUGCGCUAGACACAUUUUAUCCAAUCCUUUAUUAGUCUCAUACGCAGCCUGUUCGCGGGUCCGAGGUUUUCUCCCUACUAACAGGCUGCUUACUGCAACAACACAUUCCAUUCCAAUUGUUUCAACUUGACCAAUCAGGAAACGGCAGACGUGGUUUCCCGCCAGAUUCAGAAGUGACUAUUCAUUGCUAAACAUAUCUCGGUGUUUACUGCUGUUAAAAAUAUAUUACACGCAUGCUUGCAAUAAUCAACUUGUUUAUAUUCUAUAUGACGGGAGAAGUGCCCUUGGUAUAGCUGAUCUGAUGAAUAGAUACCUUUUAAUGAACUGCUUAGAACAUCUUGAACUUUCAUUUUUUAACCUAUUAUAGAUUUUUACUAAAGUAGUUUUUGGACACAGGACACGCGUUGAUAAUAGCAAUAUUCUUGCUGAAGUGUUUUUAUCCUGUUAAAAUAUUCGUAUUAUUAUUAUUAUUAUUAUUAUUGUCUGGCCUAUUUUUCGUUCUUUUUAAUCUUGAAAUACUUGUUCAAUUUAAUUUCAGUCAAAAUUCCAGAAACAGGACUACCCCUAUAGCAGGGCAUUUGACUGUGGUUUCUGCCUGUUCGGGCGGGCAUUUGACCAAUUAUUUUUUCAAAAGUCAAAUUUCCCGGGGGUUGCCGGGGGGGGGGGGCUGAUCGCGGUUGGAUUUGACUCGUACAUAAUCUCGCUCGACUGAGGUUAUAACGUACUUAAUAAUACACUUAAAUACUACUGAUAUAGUUUUAGUUUUCAUUUAGGCUUGUACAAAAAAUAUGCUGUAAAGCAAAAGUGCUCGCGGGUUUUAUGAGUUCUCAGACUUCUAUGGUUUCAAAAGUGCUCGGGUUUUAUGCGUUCAAUUAAGACCUUUUUACGAAUUACAUUGGUCUUUGCUUUUAAAAAUUCACGUCAAACGUUGCUAUAGUUUUAACUAGCAAAUCAGUGUAUAAAUAUUUUUAUAUUUUUGAUUUCGUGUUAAUUUGAAUGCAGUAAUUUGAAAUUGACAACUUGUCGAUUUCAAAAUAGUUGUUGUUUACAAAUUUGUAUAUUAUAUAUUUUUAUCUAAUUUUGCUCAUGUAUAAAAAAGCAAAAAAGCUACUUAAAGCUACUUAGCCUUUCUAUUUAGGCCUCUAGUUACCGUUCAUCUGCGAUAAUUAAAUCACAUAUAGUCAAUUUAUUAUUUACAGUCAGUCAAAAGGCCUACAAUAUGUAAAAUGAGACGUUUUGAAGAAUAUACACGUCUGUAUUUACACCAGAGAAAAAGAAGGGCAAUGUUCGUAUUAUAUAAAUUAAUACUAAUGUUGGCGAUGCAUUUAAAUUUUUACAAUCACUGGCCAACAAUAUAUACUAAACUAAAGUGCUAUAGCCUAUAUUACUAAAGUAUAUAUUAUAUAAGUAUGUUUUAUCGUAUGUCUUAUGGUAAUUGUCAAUUGUGUAUAGCAUAAAGUGUUGUUUAAUUUUAACUGCAUUGUAUCACAUGAUAUAAUUUGUCCUUUUAUAACAUUCGUGAAGUUUUGAAGCAUUUCUCGUGUUAUGACUUAUGUUCAUGAAUUUUGUUGUUCGUCACAAAAUAAUUUUUAAAGAAAUCUGGUAAAUUAUUAAGCUGGUGGUACCGAAACAUAAAUAAGGCAGUUAAAUAGUCAAUUAUUUAAGAGCAAUGCCUCUGGUGUUCCAUAAACUACCGCUCUGGCAUUAUUCGUGGAACAGGCGAUCGCAUCACAUGAGAGGCAAAUCGAUUUACUGAAGCCUGUAGUAUAGGCGGGUUGACAAACACAUCUCAUUUUUCUUUAAUUAUUGUUCGAAUCGCAUUCUUCUGAUGAUCGUUGAAAGUAGAAAUACGAAAUAAUGGGCGACUUCACACAAUGCUUGAUCAUACGACGCCAUCUUUGUUUCGGAAUUAGUAAAAUAAGCGCGAACGAGUUCCUGAUUUUGGUACUCAGGCUGUGAUUGGCUAAACAAUCGGAAUGGAAUGUGUUGUUGCAGUAAGCAGCCUGUUAGUGGGGAGAAAACCUCGGACCCGCGAACAGGCUGCGUAGGAGACUAAUCCUUUAUCUGAUUUAAUGAAUAAAUCGGUUGAAUGCGGCCAAUAUCCAGCCAAAUUAAAACACUCAAAAGUUAUCCCUAUUUACAAAAAGGAUGAUGAAACCGAUCCUUCUAAUUAUAGACCAAUAUCUCUUCUAUCAAUUUUUAACAAAAUUUUUGAAACAUUGAUGUAUAAUCGUUUAAAAUCUUUUUUUGAGAAACAGAAUAUCAUAUUUAAAUCUCAGUAUGGUUCUCGGGAAAAAUAUUCAACUCAGCAUGCAAUUUUAGAUAUAGUAAAUCAAGUCCAAUCUAACAUGUCUCGUAAAUUGUUCACUUGUGGUAUUUUUAUCGAUUUGCAAAGGCAUUUGACACUGUAAACUACUCAAUACUUUUAGAAAAAUUGCAUCAUUAUGGAAUAAGAGGCAUUAUAAACGAUUGGUUUUCCUCUUACCUGUUAGGUCGUAUCCAAACUAUUCAAAUGGGUGUAAAUAUAUCUGAAAAAGAAGAAACUCUUUCUGGCGUUCCUCAGGGAUCUCUCCUGGGACCGCUACUAUUUUUAAUUUAUAUAACUCCUCUGAUAAACUGACGUUUUCCUUAUUUGCAAAUGACACCAACUUGCUAUAUGCUGACAAGAAUUUAAAAACACUAGAAAAUAUUGUCAAUGCUGAACUUCUUAAUAUCUAUAACUGGUUAACAGCAAAUAAAUUAUCCUUAAACAUCAAAAAAUGUAAUAUCAUUAUUUUUCAUUCUUACCAAAAACGGCUGGAUUAUGCGGUAGAUUUGAAGAUGUAUGAUGCACAGUCCAAUACUUUCGUCUCACUAGCAACUAAAAAUUACAUUAAAUACCUUGGUGUUCUCAUGGACUCAAAUCUUUCAUGGAAAUUUCAUAUUGGGUACAUCGCCUCUAAUCUUAGCAAACGAAUUGGCAUAAUUGCUAGGCUGCGUCAUUUUGUACCAGUUAGUACUCUAAUAAGUAUCUAUAAGUCCCUUAUGCUGCCUUACCUAACUUAUGGUAUCGUUGUAUGGGGACGUGCUACCAAAUGCUACAUUGAUAAAAUCCUUAAACUCCAAAAACGCGCUCUUCGUUUAAUAUAUUAUGCACACUAUCUUUCUCAUGCCAUUCCUUAUUUUCAGUCAGCUAAUGUUCUGCCAAUAAAUUUGCUUUAUUACAAAUCAGUAUCAAUACUAAUGCAUGACGUAUCAAAAACAGUAGUACCCCCAAAUAUUUCGGCUUUGUUUACCCCAUUAAGUCAGGUACACGAACACAACACCAGUUCUUCCACUAGGAAGAACUUCCACGUUGAAUAUUCAGGUUUAGAUGUGCAAAGCAAGUCAUUCUCAAGAAUGGGAGGUAGAAUUUGGAAUAGCAUUCCUACAGAACUACGUGAAAAACCAAAGAAUCACUUUAAAAAAGUUUUACAUAGAAAGUUACUUUAAAUAUUAGAAAAGAAAGACGAUUAUAUUGAUAUUCUAACAAUACAAAAAGAAAUCGCAAUAAUCUAAAAGUUAAAUCAUUUUACGAUUUUGGACUUUAGUCUGAUCAUUCGUUAGAGUUUGUGUUUGAUCACUCGUUAGAGAUUAUGUUUGUAUAUAUGGUGAAUGUAUUUCUAUCGUAUGCCUUUUGGUGAUGAAUAGUGCUUGUAUUUACUAAAUGAAUACUGAAAUCUUCUUUAAUUCCGAAUGUGUGUAGUUGCUGUCCACCACGAUUAGCUUUUGCUACUUGUGGACAGCAAGAUUUUUAUUGAUUUUGUAAAUUAGUUUGACAUAAUAAAUUGAAUUGAAUUGAAUUGAAUUCAAUAAAAACUGUUUUGAAAUGUUAAUGUAUUUGCACGGGGAAUAUGUAAUGUAAUUUGAGCUGUUCCAUGACUGUUUUCCCUGGUCACGUGACAAGUUGUCUUUAUUUGGAUGUUCUGGUCCUGGGAUGAAACAAGCAUUUUGUACAGAUAUACGAUAUCAAGAUAUUCAUGCAAUCAUGCCAGUAUGACAGUGGUAACAGACCAGUUUUUAUGAGUCUCUCUUUGUAUGAUAUACCCGACAUGAAUGGUAAUGAUAGAAUAUAUCUGGUUGCGCGGCGUUGAACGUUUUCAAUUUGAAGUAUCAGUGAUACCGAUUGUGACACAGAAUACUACACAGAAGUCCAUCUCCAUUGUUUUUUUUGCGUAAGCGCUAUUUGUCAUGAUUCGUCACUCAGCAAGUACCGUAAACAGAAGCAGUCACCCCCCUGGACGUUCGCCAUUUUUAGUAUUUCCAGGGGGGGACUGCUUCUGUUUACGGUACUUGCUGAGUGACGAAUCAUGACGAAUAGCGCUUACGCAAAAAACAAUGGAGAUGGACUUCUGUGUAGUAUUUUGUGAUUGUGGUGACCAGACUUGUGUACAAUAUGCCAACUGACUUCUAACCAUGGUCUUGUGCAGAGCAAGGAGAGUUUUCUCAUUACGGAUGUCCAGUGAAGAUCUUUUGAUGUAGCCAAGCAUUUUGUUAGCUUUGGCAAAGACCGUAGACACAUGCUGGUUCCAUUUCAAGUCGGAUGAGAUCACAACACCGAGAUCUUUCUGAACAUUUGUUUUGCUGAUUGGGAUGUCCUUAAGGAGGUAGCUGAACUUUACUGGCUUAACAUUUCUAGUCACAGAGAGAACUUCACAUUUAGAUUUAUUUACGUCCAUUCGCCAUUCUUGGCACCAUUCAUUAACACCAUCCAGAUCGUUUUGGAGAUACUGAGCGUCUUUUAAAGUUCUGACUGCACGAUAAUAACAUUUAGUAUCAUCAGCGUACAUUGCUAUAGAAGAUGAAGAUGUUGCUUGAGGAAGGUCGUUCACGUAGAGAAGAAACAACAAAGGUCCAAGUAUUGAACCCUGGAAAGUACGGGGAGUGGAUGAGAGGUCUUUCCAAGCACGGUUACUCUUUGAUGGCGAUUUGAGAGGUAGUCUUCAAACCAAUUCAACAGAGUUCCGCUGAUUCCAAUAUUCUUCAACUUAUUGACCAUCAGUCGAUGAUCAACUCUAUCAAAGGCUUUUGCGAAGUCGAGAUAAACCAUCUGUGACCAAGGCGUCAAAAACAGCCGAAUUGCGCGUGCGCGAACGUCGUAAGCCAAUCAGAAACCAACAAACCUAAUAUAAAAUAAUAUAGCUAGUCAUGAAAUUCUGAAAAUGCAUGACCAAAACACACAGCAAACAAACCACGCAGCAAUCACACGCAAUCGUUUUCCACGCUCUUACGCAACCAGUCAUGCAUGUGAAAAUAUGCAGGACCGCUCAGUUGCCAAGGUAACAGCCAAAACAAUAACAUACGAGAAUAUUUAGCGAAAAUAUCGCCUAAAGACCAUUGAUUUGGGUAAACAAAAUAAUAAAUAAAAUACUUAGGCGUAGAAGUGCAAAGGUAAAGUAUAAUUCUAUUGUAAACAGUUAUACUGAACUGAUUUUUUAACAGACCGCUGGCUUCGCCACUGGGCCUAUGACAAUGAUUCGACCAUAUUUAGAAUCGCCAAAUUACAGCGAUUCCAAAUAUAUAUAUAUAUAUAAAUGAUCUGCGUUUCAUCAAAAUGAUCGACGAAAUUUUUAUUUUUUCAUUUUUGUCAAAUCUUGACACUUUGUUCUGCAAUUUAUGCCAGGCUCCAAACCCGUCCCCUGCCUGCAUCGCGCCGCGAACCCGCGCGUCUGAGUUGGAGCCUGGGGACGAGGCUGAUAAAAACAGUCAUUGGCAAUAAGCCAGCUCCCAGGGCAUCUAACGUAGUCGUCCUCCCAGCAUAAAGAUCUAAAAUUCUCCUUUCAAACAAAUCAAUCUUACAAAUCGGUAACCAAAGGUGCCACAGAUUGUUUGAAUUUUAAAUUCAAUAUACUCUCGGAGUACAUUUUCAUAAACACUUAAAAUGGAAUGAGCAUGUAAAAUGACUGCAUCUUCAUGCUACGGCACACGUAGCAUGAAGAUGCAGUCAUUUUUACAUGCUCAAGUCAUUUUAAGUCAUUUUUUAAGUCAUUUUAAGUCAUUUUUUUUAUUAUUAUUAUAUUACAGCAAAAAUAUUCAGUAUGACGUUUAUAACUCCACUAAGCAAGUUCUUAAGGGCUUUCGCUCUGGACAAGAGGAUAAACUGCAUACUCAAUUAACCUGUCAAGGCUCUUUCUUCACUAAUAUAACAAAGUUCUCACUGUCCCAACUCACUAAAAUUUGGUCUGCGUGCCAAUCGAACCUUCCGAAAAACAUAUUCAACUUUACAGUUCGAUACAUCAAUAACUCCCUUCCAACGCGCCAAAACCUUGCAAGAUGGGGUUUAUCACCGACUUCAGACUGUUUGCGAUGUCUAGCUCCUGAGACACUUCUGCACGUAGUAGCUGGUUGCCAAUCGUAUCUAGAACGAUUCACGUGGAGACAUGACUCCGUUCUAAACUUUCUCGCUACAAAAGUCCAUCAAUCAUCACUGGUGACACCUACCGUCCAGAUUUGCUUCUUUCAACCUCAACCGGAACACUCUAUAUUGUUGAACUUACAGUUGGCUUCGAAUCAAAUCUUCAAAAAAACGUUGAGCGUAAAAAAUCAAUAUAUAAAAAAUUAAUUAGGGAACAAAAUGAACAUUUCAACUCAGUAAAAUUUGUAAAUCUUUCGAUUAGUUCUCUUGGUGUUUUCAGUAAAGAAUGUUCUACUUUCAUAGAAAUGCUUAAUGAUUUUGGUUUUCAAAAGCAACAUCAGAAUUACUGUAUUAGAAGAAUGACGACGAUUGCAAUCAGAACAACGUAUUAUAUAUUUUGUUGUCGAAACAAGGAAUGGAUGAAUCCGGAACUGUUAAUUAAGUGUUUAAACGUUGUACUGUCAUUUUGUUAUCUUAAUAGUAUAAUUUUUGCAUAUAUAAUCAGUGAUUUAAGUAGCCAGUUGUAAAUUACCUGAUAUAAGUGAGAUUUGCAAUUGUAUAUAUAAGCUAAAUAUCCAUUUAAUAAAGUUUUCAUUAUUAUUAUUAUUAUUGAUUCCGAAGUUAUCCGAUCCUAUCGUAAACUUUGACCUUCAGCCCCCAACAUAUCGCCAAGUUACAACAAACAUUAUUCGCAGAAUGAAAGCUUCUGGAUCGCCUUGUCCUUUAGAUCAACUUUCAAUAAUUUGCUUCAAACGUUGUCCAUUUUUGCGCACAUAUCUAACCGAAGUGAUACGUAACGUCUGGUCUUCGAAGUCUGUACCAGCUGAAUGGAAAAAAGCGUGUUCUAUUCUUAUCCAAUUUCCGCCCAAUUAUUCUAGAAACUAUACCACUAAAAGUGUUUACCUCUUGUCUCCGCAAUGCUAUGUUCUCGUUCCUAACUGCUAAUAACUUUAUUGAACAUCAGAUUCAAAAAGGUUUCACUCCCAAUUUGUCUGGCACUUUGGAACACACUGCUCAAAUGACAAAUAUUAUCAACCAAGCGAGAAUAAAGCAGCGCUCUGUUGUCAUCACCCUUCUCGAUCUCAAGAAUGCUUUUGGUGAAGUGCAUCAUAAUCUAAUUCAAUCUGUCCUCGACUAUCAUCACAUACCCAAAGACGUUAGUGAAAUAAUAAAGAGCUUGUAUACGGACUUCAAUACUGCAUUUAUAACAUCAGAAUUCUCUACCCCAUUUAUAACUGUCGGUCGUGGAGUUCUUCAAGGAGACUGUCUUAGUCCUCUAAUUUUUAAUAUGUGCAUCAAUACCUUUAUGCAACAUAUAAAAACCGACAAAUACCGGCAAUUUGGUUUCAUUACAAAUCUUUUAAACCCAGUCCAUUGGUUCCAGUUCGCUGAUGAUGCUGCGGUAAUAAGCGGUCAAGAUUCAGAAAAUCAACAUCUUUUAAAUCGAUUCUCGAUCUGGUGCCAGUGGUCUAACAUCAUUGUCAGGGUUGAUAAGUGUUCAACAUUUGGGAUCAGGAAAAGUCUGACAAAAUCUAUCCAAUAUCUAUAUAUAUAUAUAUAUAUAAUACACGCUUGUAAAUAAGUGUAAUUGCUCUGAAGAUGUUGUGAACAAUACAACGAAACGUUAGCCAAUAAUAAAUUUUAUACUUUGUUAUGUCUUGUCUGAAAUUCAUUUGCUGGGCUUUUUCAUUUUUAAAUAAACAUUUAAAAGUGGUACGGUACCAAAAAUUGAGCGUAGUGUAAACGGGGCUAAAAAAGCGCUACACUUUGUGUUAACAAUAAGAUAACAUGCAGACCGUUGUGCUACCCGUCCGCCCCUAACGUCUUGUUUUUGCAACGUAGAUUAAUGCGUUUAUUUUAUUUUAUUUGUUGGUAUGAUUUAAAUGUAAACAUUUAAAUUGUGUUUUCCAGGCUAGUGUAAACUCCAGUGAUCCUGCAAAGACACCUGCAAUGUGGUUGGAACAUGAUCAAACAUCCCAGAGAAGGCAAAACUUAGAAGAAAAUAAAACGUCUUUAACAUACACAGAUCCUCUGCACGUUGAUACUUUCUCAGAUCACAAGUACAGUAAUCGAAGUACAUCUUUGAAGAGAUGCAGUAGUUCCAGCCGGAAUGAUACAUAUAAAUCAACAACGCAAUAUGUUUUCACAGACGUGAAGGAGCGUCAUCACAAGAGAAGAUCUGGAAACGAGAAAGUUGUUGACGUGGUUCCACCUAAAAGUCCUCAUAGUGGUUCAAACAAUGAUGCCCGUAGCGCACUAGCCAGUAACAAGAAUAAGUGGCACAGCAUCUACCGAAACACAGCAGUAGACGAUAGAUGCCAAAUGCAAAAUUUAAAGAAAAAUGACCCAAUUGUUGAGGUGGAUGUAGCUACUGAAACCUGUUCAAGUGGAAAUUUGUCCAGCAAUGACUUCACUUCCCAUAGCAUGCCCAAGAAGAAUGUUCCACUUAAUUUUGUCACUCGAGAAGUGAGUUGCAAGGAGAAUGCUACCGAGGAGCCCAAAGUUUGGACAAGUGCAAGUCCAUACAGCAGUGACUGCAAAGAACAGGGGUUGGUACAAAAAGAGCACAAGCUAACCAGUGAUUCUUACUCUCAGCCAGAACGUGAUAAAGAAUCACUGCCAACACUGGCACGGAAGCAAACAAGUUCCUUUGAAGACAACGAAAUUGUAGUGAGCUCGAAGAAAAGUAAGUAUACAACACAAAAACUGCCACAGCAACGACAAAGUUCUUUGAAUUGCAGUGGUGCUGUAGUUAGCUCGAAGAGAAAUAAUUUUUAUGGCCAGUCUAAUACAGAGCAUGUGAAAAACGGAAGACAUAUAGAAACAGUUGCUUUCACACAGUUCAACUCAACCGACCAAUGGUCUACUGGCAGUAGUAGAGCCAUAAAAGAUGAAGGUUGUUUGAAUGGCAAUAGGGCUAAUUCUCUUCCGCCUGCUGAAGUUGACUUCAAUGCAAAUUCGCGUUCUAGCAACUUAGAUAUAUCCGUAAAAGGUAAAGAUGAAAAUGUUACAUUUGCCGUUCCUCCACACACAGUCUCUUCAAAUGAUGUGCAAGAUAUUAAAAGUAAUGAUUUGGUGGAAAGCCCAUUAGACAAUGUACCUAUAGAAACGCAUGAAGAAUGUUUUUCACAACAUCCAAGUCUCGAAACGUGCCAACGGGGUAGUCGACACGAAAUAAAUGUAGGAAUAACCGAGAGCAACUCUGUUGGGUAUAGUUCAGCACAAACAGAGAAAUUGAAGAAAGGGGAAGAUCAGUUAAAUAACAAUGCCGUCAUUGGAGAUAAUCCUAAAGAUGUUGUCAAUGAGAACAUUACUACUCAUGAUGCUUCAGAAAUCUCACUGAGUGAAGAAACGGAAAGUGUAUCUGAUUCAAUCUCAGUUUCCUUUAAAAUGAGCGAUGCAACGGAGGGCAGCAAACACAGCAACUGUAUCCGUGGGAGAAAAAUCCUUGCCUACGCGAGAAUUUCAGUUAAAAAUGAUUCAAACCGUGACAAGCAAAUGCCAAAGAACAAAGAAGUACCUGAAAACAAAUACCGCGAACAUUUAGACAUUGGUACUGAAAUAAGCGAGGGAUAUAACGGUGGAGCAGUUCAAGGAGAAUAUGUUGUCGUCGUGAAGAAUUUACCAAACUCUGUGUCCAGCAAACAACUUUAUGAAAUCUUUAGUAAGAAGUGCCCGGGGAUAAAAGAGACCAGACUCACACAACCAGGCUGUGGUGAGGUUGUGUUUGACAGUAAAAAGGAUGUAGAAAUUUGCUUAAGAAGAAAACAUACAGUUUAUGAAAAGACGCUACCUGUUUUUCUUAAAGAAGAUAAGCCUUCAAAUGCCCGUUGUCACGAGCGGAAGAGUAAAGAAAAAAUAGAAAAGCAAAAGCUGCCAAAAAAAGAACAACAAAGAAAACAGCAGGGGCAAGACAAGCAACAGAUAGAGCAACAAAAACAACGAAAACGAGGAGAACAACGACUACAGCAUCAGCAACAACGACUGGGAGAAAAGCAACAACAACUACAGCAUCAGGAACAACAACAGAAAAAACAACAGCAACAACAGCAACAACAACAACAACAAAAGCAUCAGGAACAACAGAAAAAAGCCCACCAACGACAACAACAACAACAACAACAACAACAACAACAACAACAACAACAACAACAACAACAACAACAACAACAGCAGCAGCAACAACAACCGCCACGAAAACAACAAUUAAAACCACCACAAAAACAACUGUCGUCGCAACAACAGCGACAAGGAAAAAAAGACGAAGAUAGUGAAAAACUGCUAUUUUUGCCUCAACAGCAAGUAGCUCUACAACAGCAGCAACAAGCGAAACAACAGCAGGAACAACGACAACGACAACAGAAGCCAAACAAUCACGUAGUCCAGCUUCGUGGAUUCCCCCUGGAUACCGGUGAACAGGAAAUUCGGAAGUUCAUUAAAGACCAGUGCGAGGGUGUGGAAAUUUUAAAUCUUGUUAGAACAGAAGAGAAGUGCUUCUGUCUAAAGCUAAAGUCACAAGACGAUUGCCAAAAAGUAUACGAAACUUUACGAGGAUCGUCUUUUAAAGAUGCAGAAAUAAAACCAACUUGGAAAAGACCACCAAAAGAAAUCAACCAGGACAAACUAUAUGUUGUCGUGAAAAAUGUACAUCCAAAUAUUAGCAAGAAAGAUGUAAAGAACUAUUUCGUAAACUGUCAAGGCGUUGUUGAUAUUAACGUAACAAAAGAAGGCAAAUUAACUUACGCACUCGUGUAUUUUACGUCCGUAAAUUCUGCUGGCGAAGCGAUAAAGCGAAUGAAUGGAUUUCGUGUUGGAGGGAAAAAGCUUGAAGUAACAGCAGGUGUUGGAAUAUCAGAAGAAUUAGAAUGGAGAAAAUUAGAACGUCAGCUUCAGGAGUAUUCAGAGCAUGUGCAGAAGCAGAAAAAAUAUCUUCUCACUAAAAAUGACGAAAAACUGAAAGUUCUUGAAAAUAACAUCCCUGCUUCACAACCGCAGCGAAAACUGAUUUCUCUUGAAGAAUUCAAUCGUCGUAAAGAAACAAGGAAAACAUACGAAGGGAAAAAACAAGAGCUUAUUGAGCAAAGAAACGAGUUUGAAAAGAAGUUCCAACAACUUUUAGAAAGCUUUAAUCAGCAAAUUGAAGAUCACCGAAGUGUUAGCAACAAGAAAGGAAUCGAAGAUAUUUUGAAAAUUCACAAACAUAUAACUGACAGGGAAUUUAGAAAGUUUAAGGCAAGUUUACCGAUUUAUGCGAAGCGUACGGAAAUCUUGGAAACUGUCGGUGGUAGUCAGAUUGUGGUUCUUGUUGGGGAAACGGGUUCUGGGAAAAGUACACAAUUGGCGCAAUAUCUAGCGGAGGAAACGUGGAGUCAAGGUAAAAAGAUUGUUGUAACGCAACCUCGAAAGAUUGCAGCAAUAAGUUUAGCAAAGUACGUUUCUGAAGAAUAUGGAUGUAAGGUUGGCCAAGAAGUAGGAUAUCAUGUUGGUUUAGAUAAGAAGAUCAAUAAAAAGACAAUUAUCAAGUUUGUUACUGACCGUAUUUUAUUGAACGAAGUUCUGAAAGGCGGCGAGAUGAUGCAACAAUAUUCGUGUAUUGUUAUCGACGAAGCGCAUGAAAGAUCUAUUCACACAGAUUUACUUGUGGCCAUGUUGAAGCGACAGCUCACUUUAAGCUCUCAUCUUAAGCUCGUCGUAACGUCGGCUACGUUGAAUACCGAGGUGUUCCGAAGAUAUUUCGACAAUUGUCCUUUGGUGACAGUGCCAGGAAGGACAUUUCCCGUCGAGCGGGUUUAUGCAAGGGGAAGACCUGAAGAUUAUGCUGAUGGUGUGUAUGAGAAGGUGAUGGAGGUUUGUGAAAGCGGAGAACAGGGAGAUAUUCUCGUGUUUUUGACGCAGCAGAAUGAAAUUGAGAAGACAUGUGAUAGGUUAAAGAAGAAAUUAGAAACGGGAAGUGCCAUCCUUCCACUUCAUGGAAAGUUACAAUCAGAUGAACAACAGAAGGUACUUCACUACUUUUGCUUAUUUUUUAGUAUAUUAUACUAGAAAGAGAAAGUUUUAGGUUGCAUCGUCGUUUUUCGCGCGCGAAUGCAUUUCCCUUUGAUGAUCAUCCCAAUUGCAACCUUAACCGUAAAUAUUUGUUUGUGCGAAA